UGGCAGCUCGUCAACUGCAGACGACUCAUUCCACGACGAACAUCCCGCUUAUUCGGAAUCUUUUCACUUUUUCACAUUGUUUGAUACGUUUAUGUACUGAAAUUCACCGCCUUGGAAGUAACACAAUCGGUACUCCGUCGAUGGUAUGAAUGUCUUGUAGUGUUUGGUCAUCCUAAGGGAAAUAAUUCACAUUGAUUCAGAAUUGAAACUCGUCGCCGAACUGUGUCUGUGACUGGAGCCCACGUGUUGUGUGAAUUCGAACUUGUCAUCCGGAAGGCCAAGCAAGCGCUAGCGCGCCCGCGGGAAAGUUUGAAUAGGUGCAUUGAGUGUGCAUUAUUAUUAACAUAGACCGACUGCAACAUAUCGGAAAUCAGCUGUCCGCCAGCCGAAACUCUCCCGUCAGUCAAAAAGCCGACUUUGGUGAAGUUGUCAUUACGUGCAAUUCAGGAUGUCAGCCACCCUUUGCUUAGCAGAUGGCACCCAGUAUUCGGGGAAGUUAUUUGGAGCUAACUGCAGUGUUUCUGGAGAAGUUGUUUUCCAGACUGGUAUGGUCGGCUACCCAGAAUCCUUGACAGAUCCUUCUUACAAGUACCAGAUCCUGAUCCUGACCUACCCUCUCAUUGGAAACUAUGGCAUCCCGGCCAACGACAAGGAUGAGUUUGGACUCCCACUCUGGUUUGAGUCGGAGAAGAUUCACGUGUCUGCACUCAUCGUCGGAGAGCUGUCCGAGUACUACAAUCAUUGGGCGGCUGCCAAGUCGCUCAGUGAUUGGCUGAAAGAACACAACAUUCCUGCCAUACAGGGUAUCGAUACAAGAGCCCUGACAAAGAAGAUCAGAGAACAUGGCACAAUGCUUGGAAAGGUGAUUGUUGAAGGCACUAAACCAGAAAGCAUUCCAUUUGAGGAUCCAAACCUACGGAAUCUUAUCGCUGAGGCUUCUACAACAAAACCAAUGGUUUACAACAAGGGUGCACCAUGUCGAAUCACGGCAAUCGAUUGUGGUAUGAAGUACAACCAGAUCCGUCUCCUUGCUCAGCGGGGGGCCCAGGUUACCGUGGUGCCAUGGAACCAUCCUCUCAAUAUUGCAGAUUUUGACGGUCUGUUUAUCAGCAACGGUCCUGGUGACCCGGCUAUGGCUGAGGUCACCAUCAACAACAUCCGUUCUAUCCUGAAUGGGAACCAGAUCAAACCAGUCUUUGGUAUCUGUAUGGGGCAUCAACUCACCUCUCUUGCUGUCGGAACGAAGGCCUACAAGAUGAAGUACGGAAACCGCGGUCACAACCAACCUUGCACCCACUCCGGCACCGGCCGGUGCUACAUCACCACCCAGAACCACGGGUUCGCCAUCGACACCAGCAACCUCCCGGACGGCUGGUCGGUCCUCUUCACCAACGAGAACGACAAGACCAACGAGGGGAUCAUCCACGAUACCAAACCAUUCUACACCGUUCAGUUCCACCCGGAGCAUAUGGGUGGUCCCAGGGACCUUGAGGUGCUCUUUGAUGUCUUCAUGGAUACAGUGAAGGACUACAAGGCAGGCAAGAGUGAGAUAGUAACAGUCAAGCAGAGGAUCCAGGACAUCUUGAACUUCAAGGCGUUACCAGGAACCCCAACACCGGACACCCAACCUCAGAAGGUCCUCAUCUUAGGGUCCGGAGGACUUUCCAUCGGACAGGCUGGAGAGUUUGAUUACUCUGGUUCACAGGCCAUCAAAGCAUUGCGAGAGGAAGGCAUACACACCGUUCUCAUAAACCCCAACAUAGCGACGGUGCAGACAUCCAAGGGUAUGGCGGACAAGGUCUACUUUCUUCCUAUAACACCGGAAUAUGUGACACAGGUCAUCGAAAGUGAGCGACCGGACGGCAUCCUCCUGACCUUUGGAGGUCAGACCGGUCUCAACUGCGGGGUCAAACUCCAAAACAGCGGUGUCCUGCAGCGCUACAACGUCAAGGUUCUGGGAACCCCGGUCAAGUCCAUCGAAGACACAGAAGAUAGGAAGGUCUUUGCUGAUCGCAUGCAGGGCAUUGGAGAGAAGGUGGCCCCUAGCUCCGCUGCUUACUCUGUUGAUGAGGCUAUUGAAGCAGCCAAUCACAUCGGCUAUCCUGUCCUCGUCAGAGCUGCCUAUGCCCUGGGAGGACUGGGGUCUGGAUUCGCCAACAACCGUGACGAGCUCCUCAAAUUGGCAAACGCUGCCUUCGCCCACACAACCCAAGUGCUCAUUGAUAAGUCGCUGAAGGGAUGGAAAGAGGUGGAGUACGAGGUCGUACGAGACGCUUACGACAAUUGCAUCACCGUUUGUAACAUGGAGAACAUCGACCCCCUUGGGAUCCAUACAGGUGAAUCUAUCGUGGUAGCACCUAGUCAGACCCUAACUAACAUGGAGUAUAACAUGCUUAGGAAGACAGCUAUAAAGGUCAUCCGACAUCUGGGGGUCGUGGGAGAAUGCAAUAUACAAUACGCCCUCAACCCAGAGUCGCACGAGUUUUUCAUCAUCGAGGUGAAUGCCAGACUUUCCCGUAGCUCUGCCCUGGCCAGUAAGGCCACUGGCUACCCUCUAGCUUACAUCGCUGCCAAGCUUGCCCUGGGGAUCCCCCUUCCCAAGUUGAAGAACUCGGUCACCAACUCCACCACGGCUUGCUUUGAACCCAGUCUGGACUACUGUGUGGUGAAGAUACCUCGAUGGGACCUCAAGAAGUUCACCAAAGUCAGCAAGAAGAUUGGUAGUUCGAUGAAGAGUGUCGGAGAGGUGAUGGCUGUUGGAAGAAAGUUUGAAGAGGCAUUCCAGAAAGCCCUUCGCAUGGUGGAUGAGAACGUGACAGGAUUUGAUCAUGACAAGAAGAAGGUCUCGGAUGAGGUCCUGAAACUGCCGACCGAUGAGCGCAUCUUCGUGGUAGCAGCUGCGCUCAAGGCAGGCUACACCAUCGACAAGCUCUACGACCUGACCCGCAUCGACCCAUGGUUCCUCCACAAGUUCAACAACAUCGUCAGCUGCUCCACAGCCCUGGAGACCUCUCCCGGAGAACCUUCUAAGGAUCUGAUGCUCCAGGCCAAGAAGUUGGGGUUCUCCGAUAAGCAGAUCUCCAGAUGCAUUUUGAGCACCGAGCUAGCAGUCCGCACCCUUCGACAGGGCUAUGGUCUAAAGCCGUUCGUGAAACAGAUCGACACAGUCGCUGCAGAGUGGCCAGCCAGCACCAACUACCUCUAUCUGACCUACAACGGUGACACCCACGACCUUGAUUUCCCCGGAGGUCAUGUGAUGGUGAUCGGUUCAGGGGUGUAUCGUAUUGGGAGCAGCGUGGAGUUUGAUUGGUGCGCUGUUCGCUGCAUCAGUGAAAUAAGAGAACAUGGACAUAAGACCAUCAUGGUCAACUACAACCCGGAGACGGUGAGCACGGACUACGACAUGUGCGAUCGUCUGUACUUUGAUGAGAUCUCCUUCGAGACGGUGAUGGAUAUCUAUGAGAGCGAGGAUCCCAGCGGUGUUGUGCUCUCCAUGGGAGGGCAGCUACCAAACAACAUCGCCAUGGCUCUGCACAGACAACAGUGCCGUAUUCUGGGUACUUCCCCCGAGUCAAUCGACAACGCUGAGAAUCGUUUCAAGUUCUCUCGUAUGCUGGACCAGAUUGGGCUCAACCAGCCCCAGUGGAAGGAACUCACCAAUAUUGAGGCCGCCAGAGAGUUCUGUGAGAGGGUCGGCUAUCCAUGUUUGGUGCGUCCGUCCUAUGUAUUGAGUGGUGCUGCGAUGAAUGUUGCCCAUACUCACAAUGAUCUAGAGGGCUUUCUCAGCAGUGCCGUCGCACUCAGCAAGGAGCAUCCCGUCGUCAUCUCAAAGUUCAUCAUGGAAGCCAAGGAAAUUGAUGUGGACGCAGUAGCCCAGGACGGGAAAAUUGUUGCCAUAGCGAUCUCGGAACACGUAGAGAACGCCGGCGUGCACUCGGGAGAUGCAACUCUUGUUACCCCACCCCAAGAUCUGAACCAGGAGACGAUUGAUAAGAUAACUGCCAUCACCGCAGCCAUUGGAGCAAGUCUAGAAGUCAAUGGUCCCUACAACCUACAGCUCAUUGCAAAGGACAAUCAACUCAAGGUGAUCGAGUGUAAUCUCAGGGUCUCCCGCUCCUUCCCCUUUGUCUCCAAGACAUUGAAUGUUGACCUGAUUUCCAUUGCGACCAAGGUCAUCCUUGGGCAGCGGGUGGAAACCAUCGGCAAGCUGGAAGGCACAGGCCGGGUGGGAGUCAAGGUGCCACAGUUUUCCUUCUCCCGUCUGGCUGGUGCCGACAUGCUUCUAGGUGUGGAGAUGGCCAGUACUGGGGAGGUGGCCUGCUUCGGUGAAGACCGCUUUGAGGCUUACAUGAAGGCAAUGCUGAGCACUGGAUUCCGUAUCCCAAAGAACAAUAUCCUUCUCUCUAUUGGUAGCUACAAGGGGAAAAUGGAACUUCUUCCUGCCGUGAGAACCCUCGCAGCGAUGAACUACAACCUUUAUGCCAGCGUGGGUACAGCAGACUUUUACAAUGAACAUGGCAUCAAGAUCAAAGCUGUUGAGUGGCCAUUCGAAGAGGAGACUCCCGAGCAGAAGAAAGCCAACGGCGACGCCCCACUCAGCAUGCUGGACUAUCUCUCCGAGAAGCACUUUGACAUGGUCAUCAACCUGCCAAUGAGGAACAGCGGAGCUCGUAGAGCCUCUUCCUUCAUCACGAGGGGUUACCGGACACGACGCAUGGCCAUCGACAAAGAGAUCCCACUUAUUACCGACAUCAAGAAAGCCAAGAUGUUCAUCGAGGCUUUGCGACGCAUUGGAGGGGCCCCACGGGUUAAGACUCACAUUGACUGUCUCACGUCCAACCGAACCAUCCGUCUUCCCGGCCUCAUUGACGUCCAUGUCCACCUCCGCGAACCUGGGGCAACGCACAAGGAAGACUUUGCCUCUGGAACGGCAGCGGCUCUGGCGGGAGGAAUCACGCUGGUCGGUGCCAUGCCUAAUACGUCGCCAGCAAUUACGGAUCAGACAUCGUUCCAGCUUGUCAAGAAGCUUGCUCAACUGGGAGCGCGUUGUGAUUACGCCAUCUAUGUCGGAGCUGGACCAGAUAAUUUCAACGAGGUUCCGAUCAUCGGUAAUGCCGCCAUGGGGAUGAAGAUGUACCUUAAUAAGACGUUCACUUCACUCAGAUUGGACAAUGUAACAACUUGGAUCGAACAUCUACAAACCUGGCCCCGUCACCUGCCAUUGGUUGCCCACGCCGAGGGACGCACCACUGCUGCCAUCCUCUUCAUUGCUCAAUCUCUCAAUAGACCCAUUCACAUCGCUCAUGUUGCUAGGAGAGAUGAGAUCGAGGUGAUUAGAAUGGCUAAGGAAUCCGGCAUGCAGGUCACCUGUGAGGUCACUCCGCAUCAUCUCUUCCUGACCGAGGAAGACCUUGAUGUCAUAGGUCAUGAGAGAGGUCAGGUCAAGCCCAGUCUGGUCACUGCCGAUGACCAGCAGGCUCUGUGGGAUAAUAUGGACAUCAUUGAUUGCUUCGCUACUGACCACGCCCCCCAUACAGUAGAAGAGAAGAACGGCGAGAACCCGCCCCCAGGCUUCCCUGGUCUUGAGACUAUGCUCCCGCUCUUGCUAACGGCUGUCAAUGAUGGCAGGCUAACUAUCGAGGAUAUAAUCCUCCGUCUCCAUACCAACCCUCGGAGGAUCUUCAGCUUGCCGGAGCAGAAGGACACCUACAUCGAGGUAGACCUGGACCAGGUCUGGACCAUACCCACUGCCAUGGCCCACACCAAGAGCAAGUGGACCCCGUUUGCUGGUCGAAAGGUCAAAGGAGCCGUGCGUAGGGUCGUGCUGCGAGGAGAGCUGGCGUAUGUGGAUGGGCAGGUAGUUGUAUCACCGGGAUUCGGCAAGGACGUCCGCACCAUGCCGGAGGGUGUACCCACCCCCGCCCCCCUCUCAGUCCAGGUGGCACCUGCCCCACAGAUACUGGGACAGCCAUCCUCCCGUCCCACUUCACGCCCCUCAUCGCGCCCCUCCUCGCCGCACAGGCUGCCCAGAGAGGGCGAGACACGCUUCCAGCUACCUGCGAGGGUUCAUCGACUAUCAGAACCGAGUGAAACCAACUUGAUGUCGCCCCCAAUCAACCCUCCUCAGCCAACCAGGACGGCCUUCGCCUCACCACAGCAGGGUAUGAUGUCCCCCUUCGGUCUUGGGGAUGGACCCCCUCUUACCCCCGUACCGGUGGUGUCUACCGGUGGUUCCUCGUUGACGGGUAAACACAUCCUGAGUGCAGCUCAAAUGACCAAAGAACAGCUUCACAACCUGUUCAACAUCACUCACAACAUGAGGAAGAACUUGGAUUAUUCCAUUCUUAAGGGUAAGGUUGUGAGCCUGAUGUUCUACGAGGGAAGCACAAGGACUUCAUCAUCAUUCCAGGCCGGAGCACAGCGUCUUGGAGGCAGUGUCAUCAAGUUUAAUGAGAGUACCUCAUCUCAUUCCAAAGGAGAGACACUAUCAGAUACCGUACAGAUGAUGGCAAGCUAUGCUGAUGUAAUAGUCCUUCGCCAUCCUCAGCCUGGGGCGGUGGAAGCAGCCUCUAAGGUCUGUCGCAAACCAAUCAUCAACGCUGGUGACGGAGUCGGGGAGCAUCCAACCCAAGCUCUGCUGGAUAUCUUCACAAUCCGUGAGGAGAUCGGUACAGUCAACGGGUUAACGAUCACAAUGGUUGGUGACCUGAAGCACGGUCGCACUGUCCAUUCCCUGGCCAGACUACUGACCCUCUAUCGGGUCAAUCUGCGCUACGUCUCACCGGAUAGUCUCAAGAUGCCGGCCAAGGUCAAGGAAUAUGUCAAGAACAGAGGCAUUCCACAGGAAGAAUAUGCCACCAUUGAAGAGGCCUUGCCCAAUACAGACGUCCUUUACAUGACACGAAUCCAAAGAGAGAGAUUUGAGAGUAUGGAAGAAUACAAUAAGGUAUCCGGUCACUUCAUCUUGACCACUAACACAAUGACCAAGGCCAAGGAAAAGAUGGUUGUGCUUCACCCACUUCCUAGGGUUGAUGAAAUCAGCCCUGCUGUCGAUACUGACCCAAGAGCAGCCUACUUCAGGCAAGCAGAAUAUGGCAUGUACGUCAGGAUGGCUCUCUUGGCUAUGGUACUUGGCAAGGCAUAGAACCUAUAGUGGCCUUUGGCAAUAUCAGCAACACUUCAAUUGCAUCAAUGGGAUUCUUUGGUACUUGACAAGACAUUAGGGGUGAACCUAGCCAGAUAAGACAGAGUACUUGGGACAGAAAUGGAAUGGCAUCUAACUUGGCUUGAUUUACCUCUGAAAGGCAGAGAAGCUAUAGUGGCCUUUGACAAUAUCAGCAAGACUUUUGCAUCAUUAGUUGGAUUCUUUGGUACUUGACAAGACAUCAGGGAUAGUACACAGUGGACAGGCCUACCAUUAUGUACAAAUAAUAUGAACUUUGAAAUGGAAUUUAAUCUAACCUAGCUAGAUUUGCAAUUGAAAAGCGUGACGCUACUGUGACCUUUGUCAGCAAGACUUGAGUGGCAUCAUAUUUUUUUCUGCUUCAACUACUGAAUCCUUUGGUAGUUGGUAAGGUAAGAUCCAGUGUAGCCCUUGACAAUGUCAGCAAUACAUUAUCAGCAUCAGUUUAGAUUUUCACCUCUCAGUUGGGAAUCGUAGGUUUUGUAACAAUGCCAGUAUGGUCAACCCACUAAGCUCCAGUAGGCUUUGGGACUGCUAGGCUCUAGAAGACAACUGGUUAAGACAGUAAAGUGUCCACAUCUUUUGUGAAAUUAUAUUUCAGACUUUUUUACAUGUCCUUCAGAGCACUGUUCAGAGUUCCUUGACCAAUGAAACACCAAUUUCAAUUUGCCAUUGAUGGCCCCUUU